AUGCUAAUAGACAUACAGAUUACAUUAGGUGAAAGGAAUCAGUCAUUUUUGGUCUCGGACCCGGCGGAACUACGUCUGAAUCAUGUUGCCUAUAACAAUUUAGAAGACAUGAGUCAUGGUAUUAUGACGUUCGACGCAAGUUAUACGCUAUCAUAAAGUAUAUCGUUUCAAAACAAAGAGCGUUCGUUUCGGUAUUGCCAGAACUGGGACUAUCUUACCCUUAUCUUAUGGUAAUAAUUAAUAUAUAGUUAUACGUAUUUUUGUAGCUUUUAAGGUUAUUUGCGAUAUUACUCGUACCGGUAUCAUUUAUAUUCAGCUGUUGUUUACAAAAAAAAAAUUUAUCACAAUGAACGCAUGUAUUGUCGAUGAUUUAAUAGAGAACACAAGAAAGGAAAGUAUUAGAAUACUAUAACAAGUAAAAUAUUUAAUAAUAUAAUCUAUAUGAUUAAAUUGCAUUGAUAGUAUAUAAAAUGUAAAACUCAUAUAGAUUUUAUCGGAUAACAUCUAUACUUUGUUUUCUUCACAAGAAUUAAUAAAUUUGAUGUUUUAUAAAUAGAAAUCAUUAUUUAAUAGAACUGAAAGGCUUCUCAAAAGCUACUAAUGCUGAUAGGAAGAUAAAAUGCGCUACAAGAUUUGAUUUUCAUAACAUAGGCUUCAUAUUUUUAAGUUUCUCGAUAUCUAGAUAUUGUUAUAUUUAUAUGAGAUAACAGCUGCAAAAAACUGUCAAGACAAAAUGAAAGCACUUGAGAAAAGUGAACUCGAGAUAGGAAAUUUUAUCAAAUUCAACUUCUAUUGGUUAGUUAACUUUUCUUGAUUAUAAUCAAAACAUUCAGCAAGAUUUCAGAUCCUUAUUGUACUAUGAGAAAACUUGAAUUUAAAACUUACAAAUGGAAUUUUAUCAGUUGAAGACUUUCAACCUUAAACUUUUCGAUUAUGCAAAAUGAUACAAAUAGAUCAUGUUUAAUACUCUAAAAAUAGAUUAAAAAAGCUUGUUAGCGCAGUCCCUUUGGGGCUGAAAUGUGAAACUUAUAUGUUCUCUAGCCUCAUUAAACUGAUACAAAAUAUGUAAAGUGACCAAUCUCUCGUAGGCUAUUGUUGUUUUUCAGAAUAAUCGAUCUCCAGAGUAAGAACCUCUCUAAUGCCUGCAUUUCAAACAAAAAUUUUCUAUUUUUUCUAUGGUCGCUCUAUUUUCUGUUUGAAUCGUUGCUAUCUACUCAUUAUUUUUCAUUUUUUUAAAUUCAUUUUUCUUUGGGUGUGGGUAUGUCGUUGUGCGUGUUGGAGGUAUGAGUGUGAUUGAGCUCAAGUGACACACCCACACCCACACCAUUGGUGAUAAAGGUUAUUUUACUUAAAUACAAGGUGGUGGUAUAGGACGAAUAAAAUUUGCUAUUGAAGCUGCUGGAGAUGUUGAACGACUUAAAUUAAUUGGUGAUGUUGAUGAAGAAUUAGCAGCUGAUGAAUCAAUAUUAGUUUGUCAUGGAUGGUGA